AACGCGUAUAUUUGGAAGGUGAGGCCACUCAGCGGCUGUCUGCAGAUCUGGCAAAUUGUGAUAAAGGGAACCCGUCAAUAAAGGGAGGGGACAUUGGCUGGUUCUCUAACUCAGCUUGUAAUCGUCCAAAGCCCGACGUCUUCCACAAAUCAGAGGAUGAUAUAAGAAGAAUAAACUCGUGGAUAAAAUAAAAAAGAAAGAAAGAAAAAUAAACGAAAGUUAAGGAAAGCAAUGUUUAAAGAUUCAGGGGGAAACGCGGGGCUGGGAAACAAUGUUCACACGGGCAGCAAAUCAGCGAAGAGUGGAUCCAGCUGCGGAUUUUUAUCUCCUUCUUGUUUUCUACAGAAAGCGUCCGGAAAGUGAUUUACAAGAAAAACAAGACGGUUCUUUAAGGAGCAGUUUGUCCGUUUUAAGUGCAACGAUCUGCCCUUCUCUCUCCUCCCUUCAUGGUCUGCUGGCUGUAGUCUGCGUCUAUCCCAUCAUGGCCUCCACCCUCUCACCUCCUAUACCCCCCCCCCCGCCCUACAGACACACACUCCCACACACAACCUCCUGAGCCCUCUGCGUCUCUGGUCCAGGUCUAGAGGAAUGUUGAGUGUCUCUAUAGCCCCCUCCCUGGAGAUUAGGCUUCACCAUGCCCCCCUCAAUUCAUUCCAUUCCAAAGUAUGCCCCCUAAGAGCUGCCGCAUUUUUAUCUGAGCCCGGUGAUUGUGACAGAUUGGCCCAAAUGACACACAUACACAAACACACAUUCGUGGACACACGCCGAGGCACAAACAGAGGGGUGGUUGGUCCGCCCGGGGAGGGACCAGACAGCGCCAGGCUCCAGCUAUAAAACCCUCCCAGGAUGGGGACAGUGUCCUGCCCUGAGCUGGACAGUUUCUCCUUCCUCUGUGCCAGGACGCCGUCAGGACAGGCAGCAGACGAGCCUCCAACAUGAACGACAUCUACAAGGCAGCGGUUGAGCAGCUGACAGAUGAACAGAAAAAUGAGUUCAAGGCCGCCUUUGACAUCUUCGUACAAGAUGCAGAGGACGGCUGCAUCAGCACCAAGGAGCUGGGGAAGGUGAUGAGGAUGCUAGGCCAGAACCCCACACCAGAGGAGCUGCAGGAGAUGAUUGACGAGGUGGAUGAAGACGGGAGUGGCACGGUGGACUUUGAUGAGUUCCUGGUCAUGAUGGUGAGGUGCAUGAAGGACGACAGCAAAGGGAAGUCAGAGGAGGAACUGGCAGAGCUGUUUCGCAUGUUUGACAAGAACGCAGAUGGUUACAUUGACCUGGACGAGCUGAAGAUGAUGUUGGACUCCACAGGAGAGGCAAUUACUGAGGACGACAUCGAGGAGCUGAUGAAAGACGGGGACAAGAACAACGACGGCAAAAUUGACUACGAUGAGUUCUUGGAGUUCAUGAAAGGAGUGGAGUAAUUCUGAACAAGAGAAGAUCCAGAGUGUUAUUUUUGUAUUUCCCUUUGACUCCACAGUCAUCUGUGGAAAACUGGAAGCUGAUUUGGAUGCCGCUGAUAGAAACAACGGAACGACUUUGCAAGAUUCAAUCAAAUACUGUAGCUGAAUGUUUCUGUAUUUUUUCUACCAUCUCUUGCAUUGUUGUAAAUACAGUUUGUAACUACUUUUGGUGCCCAUGUAUACAGAAUUUGUGUAAAUGUAUCCAAAUUACUUUUCUAUAGAGGCCACAUAGUGUACCAAGUUUGGCUGCUCGAAAUAUGUGUUUGUUUCCGACUAAAUCGUAUUCCCUGAAGUGCCACAGCCAGUUUACAAAUCUUCUUACUGAGAGGCUAAUAUUGUUAUAGCUGGCCAGAAAAUGUAUGUGUGCACAAAGCAGAACCUAACCAUGAGUCAACAUAGUUUUACUAGACCGAUCAUAUAGCAAUAUAAUGGAUCCAGUUUGUAUACUAAACAUGUUCCAAUGUGAACAUUGUGUACGUUUCUGAAUGUUUAAGAUACCCUCAGGACUUUUUAUCCCCCUCUCAUGCUCCUUUGAACGCCUGCAUAUUUCUACAUGAAAAGUUAGUUUGAAAUGUGCGCUCAUGUAAUUAAAAAAAGAUGCAUUUGUCA